GGCCCAACCUCACCUGUCGAAAAUUGACAACAUAUGGCUGCUCGAAAGUGACUUUACAUAUUUAUUAGAAGUUUAACUACACUCCUACACAUGUAAUUCUUCUCACACUGAAUGCCUAGUCUCAAUGUUUGAAAAGUUUUAUGUGAUGGAGGUAACAAGCAGAACACCAAAAUUUGUAAAGGGUGGCACAUAAUUUUGAUGAUGUAAGAUUUCAUAUAUGCUGCUCCAGCCAAUAUCACAAAAAUAUGCAUGAGGAACACACCAUCUUAGAAAAAGGGUUUUUUCGUGCCUGCCAAAGUAGCGUGCCUGCUGUGAAGGAUCACCUAUUUAAAGCUGUGAGACUUGAGAACAAAGAGGUGGAAGUUGACUUUGCAUGUGGUAAAAACUGUUGCUUACGGAUGCAAUAACUUUGAAUCCUCUGAAAAUUGAAAAUCUUGGAGUCAUCUCAAUUCCAGUAUCUGUUCAGGACAUAAAAAAGCUGAAAGAAAUAUCUGAAGUAGCUUGUUACGGCAAACAACUGAACAAGCUUUUGGACUCCUCAAAACAGCUGGCGUUGGAAAUUAAUUCUUCAAAACUUACCUGUACAAUUUCUGACGACAAGAAAGUUAAAUCUUCAAACUAAAUUUCGCAAUGGGUUGAUUUGGAAGACAUCUCUAGGAAGUUGAGUAUUGAAAUAAAUUGGAAGAAGCAAUGUGUUGGACCUUGUAGGAAAUUUCCUACAUCAUCAUGAAAACCUGUGGUUCUCUUAUACAAACUUGGAUCAUCGAUAUGUGUCGUUCCAUCGAUGGUUACCAACGCUUUUUACCUGCAAUAUUUCAACAGCAUGGUGCUGCCACUUGGACUGUUACACGACCCGCUCUUUUCGUUGAAGACGCCCAGCUAUCUCGGUCUAGGCACUCUUGGGUUCAUCGUCGCUCACGAAAUCAUGCACGGUUUCGAUAAUUCCGGCGUCGAGUUUGACGAAGACGGCGUCCGACGCAAUCUUCUCAGUCCACCUUCACAACUGAAAUUCCAACAGAAAAUGAAUUGCAUGAGCAAUCAGUUCUCCAGCGCCUUCCGGACCGAGUAUUUAAUCAACGGGAAAAGCGUCGUUCUCAAGGUGGAUGGAGAGUUGACUUUAAACGAGAAUGUCGCAGAUUUGGGAGCCAUUAAAGCCAUUGUUGCAACACGGGCUAGAAUGGACCGCGAGUCACCCGCAGCUAAUCUACCCGGCUUGAAUUAUACUCACGAGCAAAUCAUGCUGAUCAACGCCGCUCAGGCCUACUGUGCCCUGAUUACUCCGCAAGCGUACGCUCUGAUUCUCGGUAUGGACGAACACGCUCCGCCACACGAUAGAGUCAACGGCAAUUGCAAUUCCGGAUGGAUGGCCUGUUGGAAUCAACGGACUCUACCCGAGAAACUCCUCCUCACAGCCAUUGCAGUCAUUUUCAUUGGUUUCUUUGUGGCCAUGAUUGUUUUGGUUGAAAUCUAUCUGAGAUUGGAGGAUCGACUCUUAACGGCUGGCAACAAAUCGUUCAUUGUCACAGACGACGUUCCAUUGCCCGCUGGAUUGGGCAAUCUGACACGGGAGCCGGAUAUGUGCGUGACGAUGGAAUGCGUUGAAGCGUCAGCCCGGAUUCUUACCGCCCUGGAUCCAACGGCCGAUCCUUGUGACGAUAUGGCCAAAUUCGCUUGCAGCGGAUGGAUCGAAAGGCAAGCCCGAACAGCUGGUGGCAAAGAUGUUGUCUUGGUUCUGGAGAACCUCCAAUCCUCGGUCGACCACCAAUUAAAAUUGAUGCUAGAAAGUCCGUCGAAACCGGAUGAAAUCAAAGCCAACGACAAAGUCCGCAACUAUUUCGCGUCGUGCAUGGCCGAGCGCCAGGAGCAAGUUCGUCACGCUUCCGUCAAAAAAGUUGUCGACGAACUUGGACUCAUUACCGCACCUGCCGAAUGGGACCCAGCCCAAUGGGACCUGACGAAUCUCAUAGCCCAGAUCCUGAAAGUGAACGGAGCUCCGCUUUUCGACCUCGUCGUUCAGGUCGACGAUCGCAACACUUCACGCUACGUUCUGAGCGUUUCUUUGCCCAGACAGAGCGGAAUUGUUCCGCAAUUUCACUCGCCCCUUCCUCGCGAUCUUCUCCACGAGCUGGACGCCCUCCGCUCCAAACGCAACAUCGACAAGCGCAUCAGUCGAACUAAAAGGCAAUUCGUCAAUAUUGGCGAAGGAUUGCCGGAUAUUCACGACGAAUUCCCUGAUCCGGCCAUGCUGGAAGCCUUGAAUAAUGCCGAUCCGACGCAAGAUAUCGAUUCCUUUCUACCUGAUGCCAAUUUCCUGCAAUCUAUUCAACAAUUCUCAAGAGACGCCAGGGCUUCGGCAGCCUUCCGGCUUAUGCAAGAUCUUGGCGCUUUCAGCUCUUUCCCAGUUCAGAGUGACUACAGGAAGGAGGAGGCGGCCAUCCGACGAGUCAUCUCUUCCAUCGACCAGCUCCUGCCCAGCGAUCGCGAUCGAAAGCUUAAACAGCAAAGCUCCAAGAUCCUCAAUUACUUCACCGUCGAUCUCCUUCAGCAGCAAUUUGCAUUCAUCAACUGGCCCGUUUUGUUCCGGGAAUCGCUUGGGAAGAGCAUCCCUUCGGACACGACAGUCGUCGUCCAUUACCCGGAAAUCCUUCAUCAAAUCCAGGAUAUUGUCAACUCGACGGAACCUAGGAUCAUUCACAAUAGUUUGCUGAUGCUUGUGGUACGCGAUCUGGCGCUGGAACUUUUCAAAUCGCCGCCCGGGAUGGACAAAUGGUCGUUUUGCAUCCAGGCGGCCAAAGGGGGAUUCGGCGAGGUCCUCAGUGGUAUCUACCUCAAUCAUUUCACACCUGCCCAACUGGAAAAUUACCGAGUUAAAGCGGAAGAAAUGUUUGUGGCUCUGAAAGAAUCGGUCGUCGAGAUGAUUCAACAAUCCAGCUGGCCAGACUCAAUCACCAAACAGAAAGCCCUAAGCAAAGCUAGUAAUUUGCGACCCAAUGUCGUGGCCCCAUCCAUUUUCUUUAAUCAAACAUUUCUCGAAAGUAUGGCGGCGCAGGUCAAUAUUGAUGGACUGGAUUUCGUGGCGGGCACCUGGCAAAUGUACCGACUCUUCCGGCGUGACUUUUUCGACAUUUAUUUCAAACCGGUUGACGAAACGACCGUCACUUGGCAAAUGCUGGCUUAUCCGAUGAUUGCCAACGCUUUUUACCUGCAACAUUUCAACAGCAUGGUGCUGCCACUUGGACUGUUACACGACCCGCUCUUUUCGUUGAAGACGCCCAGCUAUCUCGGUCUAGGCACUCUUGGGUUCAUCGUCGCUCACGAAAUCAUGCACGGUUUCGAUAAUUCCGGCGUCGAGUUUGACGAAGACGGCGUCCGACGCAAUCUUCUCAGUCCACCUUCACAACUGAAAUUCCAACAGAAAAUGAAUUGCAUGAGCAAUCAGUUCUCCAGCGCCUUCCGGACCGAGUAUUUAAUCAACGGGAAAAGCGUCGUUCUCAAGGUGGAUGGAGAGUUGACUUUAAACGAGAAUGUCGCAGAUUUGGGAGCCAUUAAAGCCAUUGUUGCAACACGGGCUAGAAUGGACCGCGAGUCACCCGCAGCUAAUCUACCCGGCUUGAAUUAUACUCACGAGCAAAUCAUGCUGAUCAACGCCGCUCAGGCCUACUGUGCCCUGAUUACUCCGCAAGCGUACGCUCUGAUUCUCGGUAUGGACGAACACGCUCCGCCACACGAUAGAGUCAACGGUUUCAUGAUGAACUUGCCGGAUUACGGGCGAAUUUUCAACUGCCCGGUGGGUUCGCGUCUCAACCCCAAAACGAAAUGCUCCGUCUGGUAGACGCUCUUCUCAGGACCGAGUUUGAUAUACCUAGAUCAUUUAAUUUGUGAUUACAAUCAUCCUCCUAUGUAAAUAGAAAAUUUCAUUUCAACUACGCCCUGUUAUUACCGUCGUUCGGGGUGAGGGAAGCGAAUCCAGAUGUCAGAUUUCAGAUAUUAUUAUUAUUCAUUUUACUUGAGAUUUUUACAUUCAGUUAUUCUGUCAUCCGCUCUGAGCUCUAUCUGUGAACGUGUACAAUUCUUUCCCGCUUUGGCGUCAGUUUGGAAAUUUUUUCUUCUUCAUUCAUCCCCAAGAAUUUCUUGUCUAUUUCUCUCUGUCGAACUGUUAUAAUCACGGUGAGCGAGUGUAUAGGUUUUUUGUAUAAUAUGUGUAUGUGCGUGCAGGUCACUUGAAAAUACAGGUAAAUGCAUCGG